AUGUGUCCAAAGUGGCUUGGCUCACAAUCAAACCGUCAUCCACGGCACCCUAAAUAUAUCAACCUCGACAGUCCACAGCACCCUAAACAUAUCAACCUCGACAGUCCACACCACCCUAAAUAUAUCAACCUCGGUACUCCACAGCACCCUAAACAUAUCAACCUCGACAGUCCACACCACCCUAAAUAUAUCAACCUCGGUACUCCACAGCACCCUAAAUAUAUCAACCUCGACAGUCCACAUCACCCUAAACAUAUCAACCUCGGCAGUCCACAGCACCCUAAACAUAUCAACCUCGACAGUCCACACCACCCUAAACAUAUCAACCUCGGCAGUCCACGGCACCCUAAAUAUAUCAACCUCGGUACUCCACAGCACCCUAAACAUAUCAACCUCGACAGUCCACAGCACCCUAAAUAUAUCAACCUCGGCAGUCCACGGCACCCUAAACAUAUCAACCUCGACAGUCCACGGCACCCUAAAUAUAUCAACCUCGGCAGUCCACGGCACCCUAAACAUAUCAACCUCGGCAGUCCACGGCACCCUAAAUAUAUCAACCUCGACAGUCCACGGCACCCUAAAUAUAUCAACCUCGACAGUCCACGGCACCCUAAAGAUAUCAACCUCGACAGUCCACAGCACCCUAAAUAUAUCAACCUCGGUACUCCACAGCACCCUAAACAUAUCAACCUCGACAGUCCACACCACCCUAAAUAUAUCAACCUCGACAGUCCACACCACCCUAAAUAUAUCAACCUCGACAGUCCACAUCACCCUAAACAUAUCAACCUCGACAGUCCACGGCACCCUAAAUAUAUCAACCUCGACAGUCCACAUCACCCUAAAUAUAUCAACCUCGGCAGUCCACAUCACCCUAAACAUAUCAACCUCGACAGUCCACAUCACCCUAAAUAUAUCAACCUCGGCAGUCCACAUCACCCUAAACAUAUCAACCUCGACAGUCCACAUCACCCUAAAUAUAUCAACCUCGAAAGUUCACAUCACCCUAAAUAUAUCAACCUCGACAGUCCACAGUACCCUAAAGAUAUCAACCUCGGUAGUCCACAUCACCCUAAAGAUAUCAACCUCGACAGUCCACAUCACCCUAAACAUAUCAACCUCGACAGUCCACGGCACCCUAAAUAUAUCAACCUCGACAGUCCACAGUACCCUAAAUAUAUCAACCUCGGCAGUCCACAUCACCCUAAACAUAUCAACCUCGACAGUCCACAUCACCCUAAAUAUAUCAACCUCGGCAGUCCACAUCACCCUAAACAUAUCAACCUCGACAGUCCACAUCACCCUAAAUAUAUCAACCUCGACAGUCCACAUCACCCUAAACAUAUCAACCUCGACAGUCCACAUCCACAUCACCCUAAAGAUAUCAACCUCGACAGUCCACAUCACCCUAAAUAUACCAACCUCGAAAGUUCACAUCACCCUAAAUAUAUCAACCUCGACAGUCCACAGUACCCUAAAGAUAUCAACCUCGGUAGUCCACAUCACCCUAAAGAUAUCAACCUCGACAGUCCACAUCACCCUAAAUAUAUCAGCCUCGACAGUCCACGGCACCCUAAACAUAUCAACCUCGACAGUCCACAUCACCCUAAAUAUAUCAACCUCGACAGUCCACAGCACCCUAAACAUAUCAACCUCGACAGUCCACAGCACCCUAAAUAUAUCAACCUCGACAGUCCACACCACCCUAAACAUAUCAACCUCGGCAGUCCACAGCACCCUAAACAUAUCAACCUCGACAGUCCACACCACCCUAAAUAUAUCAACCUCGGCAGUCCACAGCACCCUAAACAUAUCAACCUCGACAGUCCACAGCACCCUAAAUAUAUCAACCUCGGCAGUCCACACCACCCUAAACAUAUCAACCUCGGCAGUCCACGGCACCCUAAAUAUAUCAACCUCGGCAGUCCACGGCACCCUAAACAUAUCAACCUCGGCAGUCCACGGCACCCUAAACAUAUCAACCUCGGCAGUCCACGGCACCCUAAACAUAUCAACCUCGACAGUCCACACCACCCUAAAUAUAUCAACCUCGACAGUCCACACCACCCUAAAGAUAUCAACCUCGACAGUCCACACCACCGUAAAUAUAUCAACCUCGACAGUCCACACCACCCUAAAUAUAUCAACCUCGACAGUCCACAGCACCCUAAAGAUAUCAACCUCGGCAGUCCACGGCACCCUAAACAUAUCAACCUCGACAGUCCACACCACCCUAAAUAUAUCAACCUCGACAGUCCACAUCACCCUAAACAUAUCAACCUCGAGGACAGUCCACAGCACCCUAAACAUAUCAACCUCGACAUUCCACGGCACCCUAAAGAUAUCAACCUCGGCAGUCCACAUCACCCUAAAGAUAUCAACCUCGACAGUCCACAUCACCCUAAACAUAUCAACCUCGACAGUCCACAUCACCCUAAAUAUAUCAACCUCGGCAGUCCACAUCACCCUAAACAUAUCAACCUCGACAGUCCACAUCACCCUAAAUAUAUCAACCUCGACAUUCCACAUCACCCUAAAUAUAUCAACCUCGACAGUCCACAUCACCCUAAACAUAUCAACCUCGACAGUCCACGGCACCCUAAAUAUAUCAACCUCGACAAUCCACAGUACCCUAUAUAUAUCAACCUCGACAGUCCACAUCACCCUAAAUAUAUCAACCUCGGCAGUCCACAUCACCCUAAAUAUAUCAACCUCGGCAGUCCACAUCACCCUAAACAUAUCAACCUCGACAGUCCACAUCACCCUAAAUAUAUCAACCUCGACAGUCCACAUCACCCUAAACAUAUCAACCUCGACAGUCCACAGCACCCUAAAUAUAUCAACCUCGACAGUCCACGGCAUCCUAAAUAUAUCAACCUCGGCAGUCCACAUCACCCUAAAUAUAUCAACCUCGGCAGUCCACAUCACCCUAAACAUAUCAACAUCGACAGUCCACAGCACUCUAAAGAUACUAAUGUAGUACAAUAUGGAUAG